AUGGGGGGUGCGACAUUGUGUCCGCACCGGACGGGAGGCAGGGAAAAAGGCCCAGCGCUGGGCCAACUCAGAUUUCUUAUGGUGGGAGAUCGUCGAAAAAUCGAAAGGGGUCAAGCCGGUUCCCAUGAAGUGGGUUUACAAGAUAAGCGGGACGCUCACGGGAAUGUGGAGCGGUACAAGUCCCGGCUGGUGGCCAGGGCCUACGUGCAGAAACAAGGAAUUGACUUCGACGAGGUCUACGCCCCG